AUGGAUACAGCUUGUGGCCUCAACCCGAUUUGGACUGAGGAACCGCUUGACUCGCAGAUUGAGCGGUUGUUGAAGAUUUUUCAGCGUAAUUCUGCGUUUUUGCAGGGUCUUCUCUAUCGUUUUCGUAAUUGUCAAACUUCAGAAGACGGGAAAAAAGCGAAUUCAAUUUUGUGCCGUCCUGCAGGCUUCGUCUGCUCUUUCCAGUUCAUCAGUGUGCUGCUGAUGCAACAGUUGUCGUCCUUGUCAAUUGAUGACCUUCUGACUGUCAUUGAUUACGUACAACACUGUAUAUCAGACGAGAUGGACUUUCUGUGUCUGCCCAUGCUGGACAUCACAGAGCUCCUGUUGUACCUGAUUGAAAACUCUCCAUCACCGGUUCCUCAACGCAGCUAUGUUUGUUGCGCUAAGCUGUACGAAGCGUUUCAGAAAUCUAUCUCCACCGGUACUGAACUCACCACUCCAGCUUGUUCAACACUACUGGAACGACUUCUUUGUUUCAUGUCUGGUCUCAUGACGCGACCAACUGAGCUUGUUAGAAGAAUGGCCUUGACGGAGUUAAAAUUGCUGAUUCCAAUCGCUAUAAAGGCGGAUGUGUUCAAGAAACUUCGAAAUCGUGUAAUCUCUGCUGUAUGGUUCAUGCGUUUCGACAAAGUAUCAGAUUUGUGUAUCGCUGCUUCUGAGCUCUGGUUCAAUUGCAAUUUCGUCAUUGAAAAGGAGAUUCUUGAUCAGUUGAUCGAGUCGUUGGAUCAUGUGCCAAUAGAGUUUUACGAUCAGCUAUCAGAAGCGAUCGCAAAAGGUGUGGCGAUAAAACUACCCUUGGUUUCUGCGGUGCUCAGCAAACUGGACAAAUUGUACAAUGAAAAACUGGAGGUUGCUCCACCACUGUACGAUGACUUCGGACGGAUGGUGUUUGAAGGAGGUGUCGAUCGAUUUCAAAUACGUUGUGCCAUUGCCAUGUGUCUAAUGAAGAUGUCGUUAAUCAUUCUCGAAACUGAUAUUAAGCAGUUCUUUGGUUUUGUAUUGCACGGUGUGAAUGAUCGUAAUCAAGAAGUGCGGGACUACAUGGUCCUGGCGGGCGUCAAUGGGAUCAAAAUACACGGCAAAGCGCAACUGGGCCAACUUCUGCAAUCCCUGGAAGAAAGACUUGACUCCCUGGAAAGCCGAGCAGACAGUGAUUCGCUACAGAAAGCAAUCAUAGUUUUGCUAGGUCUUGUUAAAGGAAUUAGCAUCCUUUUGUUGCGUCAGUUGGAAAUAAUGAACAGACUGACCGUCGCGAUUCAGGAUAAGAAAAAUGCCCGAAAUCGUGAAGCCGCGAUCAUCGCUCUCGAGGUGUUCUGCACCAUCCUCGGCAAGUUGUUUGAACCUUUCGUCGUACACAUGCUCUCUGAUUUAUUGCUUUGUUUUGGCGAUCAGGAUCUUCAUGUUCGAAAGGCCGCAGACGAUUGUGCUAAAGUGAUCAUGAAAAACUUGAGCGCACCGAGCGUU